CAUCAUAAUUCAUCGUCGACUUUGCUCCACCUACACGUGGCUUUAGAUUAAAUAAAUACAACAGGACUUCAUAGCCGUAUUAAUUAAACAUUACCUGGUUAGAGCAGUGUUUUCUCCGCACGCUCGCUGAUUCUACCUGGAUAAUGUGGUUUAAUUAUGACAGGAAUGAGGAGAUCAGUUAUUGUAUAUUUUGUGGGAUAUUUAACGUUUUCAUGUGCUCACUACCCAUUUAUUCCAAGGCAUCCAAGACCGUUUAUUCGUCAAAUUUAUCCUAAUCCCCCUUUAUUUGGGGGAAUGUUUUUUCAUCGCCCUGUGUUCAAUAUUCAUGCUAGAUUUCAUCCGCGAAUAGGUUUACCUCAGGUACCAUUUACAAAUAAUAUGUUUCAUCCUCAUCAUAAAAUAAACACUAAUUGUCCAAGUGAAAAACAUUCUGUUGGUCAUGCAGCAGUACCAAGUACGGUAUCAGUACCAUCUUCCUAUGAUGGUAAAAAUAUACAGAAACUGCCUGUGCCAACCACAAGUUUUGUUAAGCUCUUUCCAACAAUUGGAUCGCAACCUUUUAAUUUUGUCAAAAAUGUUGCUGACGCACCAUCAAACCAUUUGGAAAGUAAUCCCUCCGUAGCACUAGAGGUACCACUUGACAAAUCCCACAUUAUAGGAUUACAUCCUACCCUAGAAUCGGAAACUAGGCGCAUCACUGGCGUAAAACCUACGCUCAGGAUUGAGAAUACAGACAUUUCCAAUGAUACAUCCGGCGAUCAUAGAAAUCCAGACUGGAAUUACUUCGAUUUCAUAACCAACAAAGAUUUUAUAAUAAAACUUAUUGAAAAUAAGCUGAUUAAGCUUCAAAACAAGGAGAAGAUAGUGGGUGGUAUAUCAGUAAACACACAGCUGUAUGAUCAAAUCAAGAGGAUAGAAGAGGCGAUGGGUAUUACCGUGGCUCUAGAGAAUGGCACCACCACUGUCCCUCCAGUGGCGACCAAUUCAACAGGAAUCAGCAGAGAAGGACAGUAUACAUCAUUAUCAACUUUUAUGGGAAACUUCUUCUGUGCAUGGUGUAAAUCUCGUCAUGGAAGUCAAAAAAGUACUUGUCUCAAGUUUUGUUUCAAUGAUAUAAUUCGGAAGAACAAUAGAGCUGAGGAGAUGGACUCAACUUCUCGAUAAGAACAGAGAAAAAGAACCAUUUGUGAUCUGUUUUGAUAGCAAUACGAACUUUUUGAUGUAUCAAAGAUCUCCAGGAACUCGUGGCACUUUGAAUUCUUCUGGAGAAAGGAUCCAGGUGCUUGUGAGUUCUGAAGAAGAAUUCCAAUAUUUGAACUGCUAUUCCGUAUUAUAUUGUUUUGUGACUGUAGUUAAGCUGUUAAUUGUCCAUUUUGCUAAAUUAUUCAUGAAAACAUUUCGUUACAAUAAAUUAUAUAUUUAUUA